AGUGAAAAAUAAUCAGGAAAAACAACAAAGUUGUGAAUGAAAUUUUUUGGCUCGAAUCGAAUUUUCAACGGUUCAUUCGGUUCUAUUUCAACUGAACUGGUGUUUCAUAGGUGCAUAUAUUUUCGAAUGCAAAACAUCGAUGAUGAUAAAGAUCGUGUCACACACGUUCGAUUUAAUAAAAAAAUUAAUUUCAUUUUUUUUCAAAAAAUAAUGUCCAUUGAAUUGAGAUAAAAUCAUGGGAAAAAAUUCAAAUUCAUCAUCAUCGAAUCAUCAAAAUUCAACAUUGAAACGAAUGUUUACUAUAUCAUCACAUUGGGAAGAUAAAGAUGAAUUUUUGGAUGUUAUUUAUUGGGGUAGACAAUUGAUUUCAAUCAUAAUCGGGAUCAUUUGGGGUAUACUUGGUUUAACCGGUUCAUUUGGUCUAAUCAGUUAUAUGGCAACAAGUUCAGCAAUAGUUUAUUUAUAUUCAAUCAAUAUCAAUGAUGAUUCAGAAGAUGCAUUAACAGCUGUCAAAGAAGGUUUUAUGACAUCAUUGGCUGCAUUUUUGGUCACAUGGAUUCUUGUCCAUACUUAUCUUUAUUUCUAAAGAAAACUGAAAUUCAACAAAAAAAAUGGAGCAUUCCUCACUCAUAUUUCAUCUUUUAUCCAAUUUAUUCGAGUUUAAU